GGGAGCUAGAGCUGCGCGGGGCUCAAGGAGGCAAAGCUGCCUUGGUUUGGCUCCAUGCGUCUCCUGAACACCCGCACACUUCUCAGGCAGAGCUGCCCGGGCUUCAUCUGAGCAUCCCAGCCAGAGCUUCCCAGGUAACACAGUGGAGAAAAGCUCUACCAAUGUAGGAGGAGGAUGGCAGGGGUGGUGGACAUCAUCCAUGCUCGACUUACGCUGGCUGUCCUGUCCACUAAACCCCAGAGGAUGCUCUCUGUCUUCACAAGAGCCGUUCCCAGCUGAGGUCUGAGGACGCCUCAGCAGGUGCCUUACGGAUUGCUUUUUGGGAACUGCACCGCCCAGCCAACUUUCCAUUCUGAGGGCUUCUGCAGGAAUAGUGCAGAGUGAGCUGUUCCAAAAAGCUGGGGAUUUGUGAGGGGAAGAAGCGGGGCUACGUUAGCUGGCAGCUGUUUCCCUUUUCAUUAAGGAACGCUUCCCAUGCUGCUGGUCGCCAUCGGCUUUUAGGCAGUUUAAGUUGGUUAUUUUGGAAGGACUAAAGUUCAGUUGUAAACAGUAUUCUGUACUCAGAGCAAACGAUGAGGAGCACGCUGUCUUCCAGCAGGAUUUAUGGCCUUCCUUUUUUUCAGCGGAUGGAAAGUAAUUCCUGGCUUCGGAGCUGUUUAAAAGCUUUCAGGUUACUAUAUAAAGCCUGAGCAAAACACAAACAAAAUCUCCCCACAGAUAUUGGUGUGGAACGAAAGCUGCAAACUGGGGAAGACAGGCCUUAACCAGACCCUUUAAAAACUGCUGGGGUUAAGUAUGUAUUUAUUCCUUCCUUAUUUAGAGACCUUUCGUAUCCACGUUGAGACAAGUCUGUGCUUCCAAUACCAAUCUUUUGGGGUCGCCCAGUCAGCAUCUCGGUGUGGAUGUGACAGCAGGGUUGGGGCCGUCGCGCUGGUGACGGGAAGCAGUUUGUGCAGGGCUGAGCCAAGGAACCUUUUGCCUCAGCCCGCUGUGCCCCCGUUCCCACCGUGUUACCCCUGCUAUCAGCUGUGCCACCGGGGGGAGGUAUCUUUUCCCCGCGUUACAUCCUUGCUGCGCAUCUCUGAGUUGGAACGCGGAGCCAAUUAAAAAAAAUAAACCCGGGGAAAAAAAAAAAACACCACCACCGCAAUCGUCUUUCCUCCGAGCCAGGCGCGGCCCGGCCCCGUUGCAGCCUCCCGGCCCCGCUCCGAGCCCUGCCGCCCCCCGGGGGCACCGCGGCGGGGGGGCCCAGGCCCGCGCUCCCCGCAGCCCCGCUGCCCGGCGGCGAGUGCUCCGCAGCCCAGCGAGAGUUAACGCCGGAGCCGCCUCUCCAUUGGCGGCCGGCGCAGCGGCUGCGGAGCCCGCGCUUAUAACGGGCGCACGGGGCGGCCGCAGCCCCUCCGCCGGCACCGCGGCUCGGCUCCAUGCCGCGGCGGCCGGCAUGCCCCGCCUGCUGCCGGCCCUGCUCGCCCUGCUCUGCUUCGGGCCGCCGCCGCCCGCCCCGAGGGCUCCGCUCGCCGAGGCCGCGGCGGAGCCGGAGCCGGAGCCGGAGGAGCCGUGGUGCCCCUACAAGGUGCGGGCCGAGGGCUCGGCGAGCGGGCGGCUGUGCUUCCGCAGACCGGCCCUCGGCUUCCAGUGCGCGGCGCGGGCCUGCCGCGCCCACCGCUCCCCGGGCGGCGCGCUGGUGGCCAACGUGCUGCGCAACGGCAGCGUGCUGCUGCAGUGGGCGCCGCCGCGCCCCGGCGCCGGCCUGCGCGGCUUCGCGCUCAACUGCUCCUGGGACGGCACCUACACGCGCUUCCCCUGCGACAGCGUGGAGCUGGGCGCCGCCUGCCGCGACUACCUGCUGCCCGAGGCGCACGGCAGCGUGCGCUACCGCCUCUGCCUGCAGCCCCGCUACGCGCCGCCGCGCCCCGCGCCGCCCGCCCACUGCGUGGAGUUCCGCGUGGAGCCGGCCGCCAUGCGGGACAUCGUCGUAGCCAUGACGGCCGUGGGGGGCUCCAUCUGCGUCAUGCUCGUCUUCAUCUGCCUGCUGGUGGCCUACAUCACCGAGAACCUGAUGAGCCCCGCCGCGCCGCGCCGCGCCUAGCGCCGCCCGCCCCCUGAGCGGCCGCUGCGUCAGGCUGGGGGUUCCGUGCGCGUUCGGAGCGGGUUCGCUCGGGGCGUCGUUGCGAGCUUCGGUUGGCUUGGGUUCGUCUUUUCCAGACUUCCGGGAGUUGGGGUGGUUUGAUUUGAUUUGAUUUUUUGUAUAUUUGGAGCUCUUUUUCCGUAGGGCGGCUUUUCAGCUGGAGCCAUACUCGGUUUCUGAACUCGUAGGGUCUCAGUGGAUUAAAAACGAAUCGUGGCAAAAAUCCACAAGUGCCGGGAAAUUUUCCAUUUUAGAAGCAAGCGACAGAUCCCACAGAGGGGCCUGUGCAGAAGGACACUUAAGAGCGUGCUUACUUUAAGCCCGUGCUUAAGUCUCCUUGCUCUAGAUGGGUUGGACUCGGUCCUUCUGGGUCCCUUCCAGCUCGGGGUAUUCUCUGAUUCUGCGAGCUGUCCCACUCUACAAGAAUGACUAAAAAGACACCAUUUCUAGGAAAAUCCCACCUCACUGCAAAGCGUGAACUGAUCUUAACUUAGGAAAUGAACACCGUCCCUGCUCCCUGAGCUCCCCCCGCCUCUCUUGAUGUUAGGAAUGCUGUGUGGAGCUGCACUAAGGUAAAUCCACCCGGAACACAGAACUCACUGACGUUGUAGCCGAGUGUUUGGAGCGUAGGAACACUCCUCGUUAACUGCUCACUCAAUGCUGUAGUCAAUAAGGUUUUAGCCAUAUUCGAGUAUUAAUUCUCUUGUGCCUUAGUGUUGAGAUUUUGUCCCAUUUCGGUGUAUCUGUCCCCGUAGCCUUCAGACAGCUCUCGUCUCAAACUGCUGUGUUGUUUUGUUUUUGAAAGCAAACUUUGCUGCUCAUUACUUGAACUUUAGUGUAUACCUGCAAUAGUCCGUUACCAUCUGAGAGCUGCUGCGUGUAGUUUUUAUUCAGUUUCUAUAUACUCGACUGCUGUGGUAGAAGAUGACUUUGUAUCACGUAAACAUACCGAAAGCAAAAGUAGAAAAACCUCAUCUCCUGCGAUGGGGCAUUGCUAUGAGCAUACUUCGGCUUCCUGUGUGAUCUGUUUGUGUCAAUGUUCAUCGCUGCUCAAUAACCCAUGGGCUUUUCUUUAGUGGAGUAGUUUGCCAAGUAUAAACUUGCUGUUAGAGAGUGAAUAUAGGAAGUAUAUGCAAUCCCGAAUACAAUGCAGUGUUUGUACUGACCGUCAUCCCUCCAGUAACGUGAGAGCGGUUCGGAGGCUGCAGGUCUGUGUUUGAGCAGGCAGAAAUUCCUGUGUGUCAUUUCUGCUUCGUUUGCUUUCUCGCACGCGGCUGAGAUUUAACGCUGCUCUCUGCUCGUUUGCCGAUGUAUCUGAUGGAAGCAGCCUGACCAUAUCUGGGGUGGCAGUAACGGAAGGACAGCGUCUUUCAUCGUCACCGAAGGACGAUGUCGUAUUUAUUUACUUUUGUCCCUAAGGAAAUUGACUGCUCAAAGACGAGGCAAUCACAUUUUAAGAACAUUAAGACUAAUUGCAUCUAGUGGUUUAGCUCAGUGAAUUUAAACACAGAGUGAAUUGGGCUCUAAGGUCUCAGGUCAGUCUCUUCUGUAGCCAGUUCUGCACAGGACUGCCAGAGCGGCACUGAUUUUGUACAUCACUGUCAGCCAGCAUUACUGUGUUGGUCUUCAUUUGUUGUGAACUGCCAGAUGUGAAAAUUAACUGUACAACUAACGAGCUUUGUACCACGUUGGCAUUGACCUUAAUAAAUUAAGAGAAUAAUGAAAUGAAAAAAAAAAAAAUCACAUUUCACGGUUCGAGAAUUAUUUUACUCACCAAGUGAACAAACCUGGUUGUAAUGAUACCUACUGUAAAAUGAUAACGUGAUUGGGAAAUUGAAAAUAGUUAUUCUCUUAAUACUCGAUUUCUGUUUCCUGGAGGUUUAGACUGGAGGAUCAUGGGAUGAUUCGGGUUAGAAGGGAUCCCUGGAGGCCAUCUAGUUCAACCUGCUGUUCGAAGUCGUGCAUGAAAACUCACUGAGUGAAAAAUCCUUC